AUGAAGUGUGGCUGGCUGAAGAAGCAGAGAAGCAUCAUAAAGAACUGGCAGCAAUGCUGGUUUGUGCUCCGUGGUGACCAGCUCCUCUACUACAAGGAUGAAGAUGAAGCCAAGCCACAGGGUAUCAUACCACUGCAAGGCAAUCAGGUUAAUGAAGUAAGCCCUAAUCCUGAGGAGCCAGGGAAGCACAUCUUUGAAAUUGCCUCAGGUUUUCCAGGGGAUCGGGAUAAGAUACCCAUCAACCAUGAAGCCUUUCUGCUCAUGGCUAACUCUCAGAAUGACAUGGAAGAUUGGGUGAAAGCCAUCCGGAGGAUCAUUUGUGCUCCCUCUGGUAGAGGGAUCUUUGGGCAACGCUUGGAAGACACCGUCCAACAUGAAAAGUGUGGGCAGCACCUGGCUCCACUUCUAGUGGAACAAUGUGUGGAUUUUAUUCGGGAGCAUGGCCUCACUGAGGAAGGGCUCUUCCGCAUGCCUGGGCAAGCCAGCCUGGUGAAAGACCUGCAGCAUUCUUUUGAUUGUGGGGAGAAGCCUCUGUUUGACAGAAACACUGAUGUUCACACAGUAGCCUCCCUCUUGAAACUUUACCUUCGAGAGCUGCCGGAGCCUGUCAUUCCUUUUGCCACAUAUGAAGACUUCCUCUCCUGUGGGAAACUACUAUCCAAGGACAAAGAAGAGGGUACCCAGGAACUGACAAAACAGGUGAAAAAUCUUCCACAGGUUAACUUCAACCUCCUCAAGUACAUCUGCAAAUUUCUUGAUGAAGUUCAGUCUCACUCCAGCCUUAACAAGAUGAGUGUGCAGAACCUCGCUACUGUAUUUGGGCCAAAUAUCCUCCGACCUCAGAUAGAAGACCCAGUAACUAUAAUGGAAGGCACAUCUCUGAUUCAGCAUUUGAUGACUGUUUUGAUAAGUGAGCACAGAAAAAUCUUUGGUGAUUCUCCAGCAAAGGGCUCAGGAGUUCAGCUUGAAGCCCACUGCUACUGCCCACAUGGUGCCAUAGACUGGAUCUCAAAGGAAAGCAAAUUGGAAAACCUCCUUUUUAGCCCUAUAAGCUUACCUAAGGAGGCAGCCUCAUCUGCAGAUAAAGCCACCAUUCAGGAGUGCAACAGAAAAGGAAACUGCAACCAGCCUGCAACAAGCUCCAACAAGAAAGGGCAGACUUUACCUGAUUGGAAAUGCCCCUUUCGGCAGCAGGGGAUUAAGUCACUCAAUCCCAAAUUAGGUAGCUCUUCCUUGGAUAUCCCCAGCUUACCCGCUAGUGGGAAUUGGCUAAUGAAUGGAUUGUAUUCUCUUCAAGGCUACCACGGGACAUCCUCAGCAGGGCAGGUCAAAGUCUCUGGUUCAUCCCAAAGACUCUCCACCUAUGACAAUGUCCCCACCUCCAGUUUUUCUCUCAGCACUCUCGGCAGCACUAGCACCACCUGGUCAUCCUGUGAAAUCUCAGUUAGUGGAGAUUCUGUCAGCAGCGGUGCUGCCUGCAGGGCAAGUGACUCAUCAGCCUUGAGCUCCCUUCAGAUGGAGUGGGUCACUCAUAGCCCUUUGCCACAACAUGCAGGCUAUCUGGAUAAUAGCAUGGAGAAGCCAGAAGCAUGUUUCAGCAGCAGCAGUGAUCCAAGCAACCUGGCAGCUGCUUCCAAAGAUUCUGCCCACUGCUCUGGAAACUUGCAGAGUCUCAUUGCCGAGCUGAAGGCAAAGCUCAGCAAACAAAGGACUGCAUAUGAAUCUAGUAUCAAAAGAAUUGAAGAAACAAACACAGAACUGAGGAAACAGAUGACAAGACUGGAAGAAGAGCUAAAUCAAGAAAAGAAGAAAUAUGUAAUGUUGGAAAUUAAGCUGAGGAACUCUGAGCGGGCACGUGAAGAUGCAGACAAGAGAAACCACCUCCUGCAAGAAGAGAUGGAAGAUUUCUUUGCAACGUUAGGGAAUUUAACAGGAGAAAGUCAGGUGGCCAGGGCCCCAAAGUAAAACAAGAUGCAAAGUUGAUUCCCCAUUCCCUGGCCCCUGCUUCAUGUCAGCAAAACAGCCUAUGUCCCGUUUUGCCAUAGUUUACUUAUGUAUCAGGAAUACCACCACAGUGGUAUAAAAAGACUGUAGCAAUGUUAUAUAGGAACAUAGGAAGCUGUUUUAUACCGAGUUAGACCAUUGGUCCAUCUAGCUCAGUAAUGCCUACACCAACUGGCAGUGGCUUUCCAAGGUUUCAGGCUCAGGGGACUUUCCCAGCUCUACCUGGAGGUGCCAGGGAUGGAACUUUGGAUGAAACGUAGGCAAGCAGGUGCUCUACCACUGAGCAAUGCCCCCCGCAGCCACUGCUUUACAAAUGCAUAUUGCAAAUUAUAUUUGUGCUAUCAGGAAAACUGCUACAAAUUAGACAUUGAUGAGGAAGAGGUGAAACUUCUUACAAACAGAAGACGGACCGUUUGUCUGACAUUGUUAUAUUUGCUUUUAUGGUACAAUAUCUUUGCUUACUCAAACUGUGUCAGGUACUAUGUUACUGUAGUACAAAGAGUGCAUAGCCAAGGAAGGGGAUACUCUUCCACUGAAGAAAUGCAUGAUCUUCUCCAGCUCAGGAGCACAAUACAGGGGAACCUCAUUCUCUAGAAGAACCAUGGAUAAUGGAACAGUGGAUAACAGGACAUUAAAGUCGGGGGGGGGUAAGGUUCCUGGAGACUGGGAAAUUGUGGGGAGAAAGCACAGAAAAAAAUGCAAAAAAGGCCACCCAAAAGGCAAAUAAAAGGCCCUACCAUGCUCUGCAGGUGUCUAGCUAUCCAGCAGUACACCCCCCAACUCCCAAAUUCCCAAAUUUUCCAUGAAAAACCACAGAAAAAAUGCCUUUAAAAUAUGAGCCACAAAAUGGCUCCUCUUGACAAAAUGGCAGCUGGCAACUUUGAAUCCCCAUUAUUUCCUAUGGCGGAAAUAUACAAAAUCAGUAAAAAUGGGGGGGAAUCAUUAAAAAUCAACCAAGUGCCCUGCUGCCUUGAAAUUUGGGUGGUAGGUGGCACCCAUGGGGACCAACCCAUGGUGGCCCUAGGACCUUGAUAUGUGGUCCAAAUUUGUCCAGAUCAAGAUCAAAAUCAAAAUUGAAUCUGGGGUGAUUCCGGGGGGAUAGAUUCCGACACAAAACAAAUCCGGUGAUUCGAUUUGGGCACAAAUCAAAUUUUAAAAAUUGAUUUGUGCACAUCCCUAGGUUUUAAUCAUUUUGUAUCUGUGGAUAAUGAGGUUGGGUGUCAAUUAGACACCCACAGAUAUGUAGAACUGCAAAAAGCAAUACUGCAUGUAGUGAAGUACCCCUGUGUUUAAUUAGCCACAAUGUUUGCUUGUUUUGUUAAAUUAAAAUAAACCAAAACCUUUCAUGCACCUCA